CAAACUGCAGAUUAAAAUAGAGUGUAUUUAUCAGUAAAAUAAACAUAUGACAGCACAAAAUAGCAUGAGAUUUGGUCCAGAAUGGAUGCGUCAAGGACCUCAUAAUAAUGUAGUAGAAGAAGGAUUAACAGCAAUCAGAGGAGUUCAGAACAAAGAACAGGAUGAAAAGGAGCAUCAAGAACAGAUAUCAUAUCUGUUUAGUCCUUCAUUAUCGCAGCAACCUAAUAAUACGCCAGAAUCACCAUCUACAACAUCACCGGGUUUAUUAAGAUAUAGCAAGGAAUUUCUAUUGUCUAUAUGGAAGGAUAUGUUUAUGUCAGAGAAGGGAAUUAGUAAGCCGUCAGAGCUUAAUCAAUUUUCUCAGAUAUCAAGUGAUGAAGUGAUAGCUCCGGUAUCAUUAUCGGAGAUGAGUGAAGAAGAGAAGAAGCUUUUUAUAGGACCGGUUAAUAGUGAAAAGAAGAGGAGAAAUGUAGAAUUAAUGAAUAAUAUAAUAUAUGGGAAUUCACAUUUUUAUGCAAAUCGAGCAUAUUCGCCACGAAAUGAGCGAUUUAUAAAUAGUUCGAGAUUUGAUCAAAAAACAAGAAGUAAGGAGGGAUAUGAAGGAUUUAGAAAUCCACGUAUGCAAAAAUCUCGAGAAUAUUUUCCUAAUACAUUUCCUUCUGAAAUUUGGACGCCUGGACUACGAACUAACACAGAAACACUUGUAAAUAAUAUGCUUUCUAAUGGAAAUAAUGAAGUUGUUCCAUCAUCUAUUAAAUCAGAGGAAUCAGAACUUAGAAAUGCAUAUACGAAAGAAAAUAGAAAUAUUUCAUUAAGUAAGGGUAUUGCAGAUUUGUCUAUUUCACAAAUUAAUACACCUUUUUUAUCAUCUGAUUCUAUGCGUUCACCUGUAGAAAGUAUAGGGUCUAUUCCAGGAAGAAAUAUUUCGAGAUUACAAUCUUUGGGCAUGUUUGAAUCGCAAAAUUCCUCAAAAAUUUCACCCACAUCAACAUCACCUUUUCAAUAUGAUGAUUCUGAUGAUGUACUAAAAGAAGCAAUGGAACAUAUUUCUGAAGAUAAAGAUAAAUCACUGGAAAAUUUUCAAAAUAAACUUAAUACUAAUUUGGAUAUUAAUAAAUCUUUGGAGAAUAUGCAAAAAGAAAAGACACAAUUUUUAGGCCUAUUUAGUCCUUCAGAUUCACCAUCUUUGAACAAAAAUAGCAAGAUUGAAAAGCUUUUUGAAAAUCCUCAACAAUCUAAUUUCUCUCAGCCAUCACCAUUGCAACCUCCUUCUAGAACACCUGUUAUGCCUGAUAAAUUGAAUUGGCUUUAUAAGGAUCCUAUGGGUAUCACACAGGGUCCGUUUUCUAGCUUAAAAAUGCAAGAUUGGUAUAAUGCAGGAUUUUUUCAACUUACAUUAUUGGUAAAACAAGUCAAUGAUGAAGAUUUUGAGCCCUUGAGUUCUUUAAUAGCACGUGUUGGGAAUCAAAAAGAACCGUUUUUGGCACCCUUUUAUACCAAAUUACAGGCUAUUUCCCCUGUAGACAACUUUUACGAUACGGUUAAUGAUUGGGAUUCACCAGGACUAGAAUCUAAAUUAGAUCAUCAUCUAUCUGGAACUACUGCUCUUGGUAAUAUAAAUCCUGUAACUCCUACAAGUCCUGGAUGGAAUCGACAAACACAAUUUCCCAAGUCAUUUUCUUUUGAAUCUAAUUUAGCUCCAGAUCAACAUAAUUCAUUAGAAAGUAGAAAACAUGAAGAAUAUUUGAUGCAUCAUAAAAAGAAUUUGUUUCAACAACAACGAUUAACACAACUCGCUAUUCAACAGCAAAAGCUCCAGAAUAUCCAAAAACAAACUCAAAAUCAACAGGAAAGACCAAUGCAAGUAAAUUUUUUAAGGAAAAAUGAAACAUUUCCUUUAAAGUUAACAAAAAGUACAACAUCUGAACCCAUUGUUAGAAGUAAACCUUUGGAUGAGUUAAAUAUUCCAAGAAUCGAUGAAGAAACUCCAGAAUUCUCGCCACAUUUUAAUAAAACAGUGGAAGAGAAAUUAUCUAAUUUAGAUCCUAUGCUUUCUUUUGUUAAUACUGAGCAAAACGAUUUAUUAAAUUUCACCAGAAGUUCUUCAGAAAUUAUAUUUUCAAAACCAGAAACAAUUCAGUUUACUAAUUCUAAUAAUAUACAAAAACAACCUUUUCAAAAGAAAAAUGGAAUGUACUUAAAAUCAUCAAAUACUAAUCAAAUAUUAAACCAGCCUUUAAUAAAACAAAAAGAGUCACAAAAAACUCCAAUACAUCCUAUUUCUCCAUGGGCAAAUGUUUUAGAUGAUAUUAAAGAUGUUUCAUUACGUGAGGCUCAGGGAUCUGAAGUCAAGGAUUCACAAAAUUCUACGCAAGAUAUAUUUUUAAAUUGUGAAUACUCUAAAAAAGUAAAUUCGACUAAAAAAGAAGCACAUCCUAUUAUCAAUAGUCUUCCAGAGACUUCAGCAUGGAGGCUUCCAAAUAGUAUUUCUGAAAACUCUUCAGGUUCUAUGCCAAGUCAUAAUUUAGGUCCUGCAUGGCAAUCCCCUGGCAUUAUUGUUAAAAAAUCUCUUGCCGAAAUACAAGAAGAAGAACAAAAGGUGAAAGUAAAUAAAUAUCAAAAACAACUCACUAUAAAUACCAUGGCAGCGUCAUUAUCUUCCAAAAAUCAUACUACUCUUCUAAAAAAACCAUCUCAAUCUCCCUGGAUAACUGUUGGACCAGAUGGCCGAUCAGUUUCACGUUCUUCUCCUGUAACAUUAUCUUCUCGUACAAAUAUUGAGGCAUCUAGAAUAAAAACGGAAAAUUUAGACCUUAAUCAGAAAAAAUCGAAUGUUUCUAAAUUCUAUAGUACACAACCUAUUAACCAAUCUUCUAAUUCGACUAAUUCUAAUAUUUCUGGUAAUUCAACAAAAAGUAAUUCAAAUGAUUUCUUUAAUUGGUGUAAAAAGUCACUUAAAGCAUUAAAUCCUGGAAUUAAUUUGGAAGAUUUUCUUCAAAUGCUUAUGUCGCUUCCUGUUGAACCUAGUCAAGAGACUAUUGAAAUUAUUUCAGAUAGUAUAUAUGCCAAUAGUGCAAUUCUUGAUGGUCGUCGUUUUGCAGAAGAAUUUGUUAAACGAAGAUUAGAAAAUAUCUCUUCAGAUAAUGAAACCCUUGAAAAAAACAUUGGCGUACAAAGUUGGACUGAUGCUUUAAAAUCACAAAAACAAAAGGAGUCUGAAUGGAAUUCCACAUUUAAGAUUGUUUCAAAUAAGAAAAAUAAAAAAAGAAAUUGAAAUUAAUAUAUGGAAAAUUUCAAAGUAUUUGAGUAUUUGCA